AUGGCGUCGAGCUGCCUCUCAACGCUGGGUAGUGUACCGCCUUCUUGGAGUGGUUGGUCGAGUUGCAGAAAGCAAUUUCCUUUAGCCUCAGCAAGCUCGUCAUCUUCAUCAUCUGCUUCAUGGUUCGAUUCUCGACGGCUUCGGAGGACCCAGGUGGUGUGUAUGGCCCCAGAUGAGGAGAAACUCACUCGACGCAACCCUCUCGAUUUCCCAAUUGAGUGGGAGAGGCCUAAGCCAGGGCGUAGACCUGACAUCUUCCCCCAGUUCAGUCCUAUGAAAACACCUUUGCCACCUCCAAUGCCAUAUGACCCUCCCGAAGAAGACGAAGACGAGGAGGAGAAGAAGGAGGAAGAAGAAGAGGAGCAAGAGCAAGAGGAGGAAUCUCCUGAGAAGAUUGACCCAGAUAAGAACAAUAUUUAA